AUGGAGUUUGGCAACCCAAGAAUCGCUAGGAAGCGGGAGAUCCGAACACGAGCCCCGACAGCCUGUCAGACCUGUCGGCUACGCAAGACUCGAUGUGACAAUACCAGGCCGACCUGUAGCUACUGCGCCGUGCAGGGAGUGAAGUGCAACUACCCCGAAACAUCGCCACAGCAGAACCAGUAA